GUUUUUAGUGUUCGAAUGGCCAAUGCCCAACUACGUUCGCCGGGCCCUGGACAGGCUACGCCGGCACAUCAUGAAAGUAAUGAAGAACAAGAAAGCUCACCCGCAGAGGCGGAGGAGAGUGAUUAUAAUAAGGUAGAUGAGUCGGAGGACUCUCAUCUAUUUUUAGCUAACCUGUCUGUAGCGGACAAAACAGAGGAUGAUUAUCGGCGGCAGUGGUCGUUGGAGCAAAUUCGGAAUGAAAAAAGUAAGUCUGGCGAUGUUUCUAAUAGAACACGCUCGAGCUCUAAGAAACGUAAAAAAAGCAGUUCCUCUCGUAAUUCAAGUUCAAGUUCCAGCUCCUCUAGUUCUAGCUCCUCAAGCUCUAGUUCCGAAUCUGACUCAGAUUCUGAUUUGUUUUCAUGUGCUGACACCACAAAGUCAAAAACAAAAAUCUCUAAAAAAAAAAACCAACUAAAUUUUGUUGCUACGUAUGCAACAAAAGGAAUCAAUAAAAAGAGCAGACAAAAUAUUGCAAAGAAUUGUCCAAUACCUAGUUCAAAAAAGCUUCAGGGUUUGUCUUUGGAUAGAUUUUUCAAGAAAUUAUAUUUCAAGGGGAAAAAAUGGAACGGUAAAUUGGAGAAAAAUAAAAUGAAUACCCAGAUGAGAAUUCUAGAUGCUUUAUGGCUACUUUCUGUUUUAUGGAGUGAGGCAGAGCGAAUAAGCAAAACGGGCAAAGGCAUGGACCCCUCUGAUGUUAUUCAGUUCGUCCAAAGGGCGAUUGUGUUUGUUGGAAAUGCUCAUUUCCUUUUCAAUACUGAUAGGCGUAAGGCAGUAUUAGCUAAAACAAUGCCUGAGACAGUAGAUAUACUUUCCGACAAAAAGUACAAAAAAUCAUUGGGAAAAUGUAAAAAUUAUUUAUUUGGGAAGCGUUUUCUCAAACAAUUAGCCAAAGAUAACAGAGAAUUAAAACAGCUUUUGACUAAUGGCAAUGAGAAAAAAUCUUGGUCACAAACAAAACAAUUUUCUGAUAGAAACCGCCAGUUUUUUCUUCAGAGACCCUCAUCAAGCCUCCAGUAUGGGGGUCGCAGACAGACAGACAGGAGGCAGUUCAAUCAGAGUCAGAGAUACCCACAGUACCCACAGUACAAGGGUCAGGGAGCAAAUCAAAAAUAUACAGGGCCUCCCAAGAAACCAAACACUCAAUGAAUCAUGUGAGUCACAAACAGAUAGAAUUAUCAGAGAUCGAUCGGAAUCUAUCAAAAUUUCUGUUCCCAAAUGCGGUGGUAAUUCCUCAAUCAGUGCCUGUAGGGGGACGAGUGAAAUUUUUCUUUCAGAACUGGAAAGUAAUUACGCGGGUAUGUUAAGGCAGGUCAUGCUUCAUUUAUGCACGUAAACUGCAUAAGUUUUAAAAUAUGUCUUACAUAGAGAGAGGGAGCUACUAACUCUUAAAAACUAUUUUGGUUGUUUACAUGAGAACAUUUUAUAUCAUAACAACAUGACAAACAUGCGCUUCCGUAUGACGUCAUUGCAUGACUGUUAUAAAUAGAUCAUGGAGGUACCUUAAUAGAAAAUGUAAAAGUAACACAUUAUCCCAAGAUUCAAAUAUUGGUCUAACUGGCGAUAAUGACGGUAAAAUACUCAUAGUAUAUCAGAAUUACUGAUAGAAUCCUACCACUUUCAAUAAGAAAUAAUUAUUGAACAUUUAAACACGAAACCAUCUAGCUCAUGUUUUACAUUUUGCAUGAUGCUAUGUAGUUUUCUUUAAAAGUUUUCUUAACAGAGGAUUCUAUCAGUAAUUGCCGUGUACAUUAGUUUAUGACCUUUCAAACGGUGUAUAAAAAGUCUCUAAAAGUAUGCGGGCUAAUGUGCUACUUUUGCAGUUUUAUUUCAGUCUGUGACAGAGGAAAUCGGAUCGACAUGCUAAAUGGAAUGUUUUUUCCGUUAAACAAAGUUGUCAAUGAAUGAUAUCAACAUACCUUCUUAAUAUCAAUAAAUUCUCAGCGUUUCACAUAUAUAUUCCAUAUAUCCCAUGUCAUAUAUUUCAAAUACUGUACAUUUUGUCGAUAUUUGCAUGGCACACAUAAACAAAUUCCUUGCAUGUGUCAACGUCACUCGAUGUAUAGUCAUGACGUCAUCAGUUUACUUUCAUAUCGAUCAGACAGAAAUUACACAACAGCAGUAUAGCAUUUCGAAUUUCGUGGGAUCUUGGUAGCUGCAUGGUUUAUUUUAUGCAUAAAUAAAACUUAAAUAAAAAAUAAAAUCGGAAUUUAAUAUAUACUUAGUGAUAUACUUAUUUCAAUUAUGACGUCACAUUGUUUCGCGGAUUUUAUCCCAG